UAGGUAGCAGUCGGUGCAGUUGUUUCUCUUAUAUCAUAUGAAUUGUAUGAUUAUUAUGUGUGUCUGUAUUAUAUGUAUAUAUGAAUGACAGCCCCAACAGUGUUGCUAACAGUGAUCGCUAAAAAAGCAAAACGCAUUUCUCUACAAAAAUCUAUCCAACAAUUUGUUUCAAAUUUCCCGAUCACUAGUAGUGAUCACUACUACCUAUUAUUAUAAUAGUUGUUGUGUUUGACAGUAUAAUUAGUUUUUUAUUUUAUUUAAAAAACUAUGUUUUACUUAUUAUUCUCGCUGUUAUUUUUCAUAUUUGUAUUGACUCCAACGGGUGCACAAUAUUCAAGUCAAAGCUAUUGUGAUCACAAUAGGCUUCAGCGCUGCCAACGGGACAUCACUCAGAAUGUUCAGGACAUUUCCAAUGCACAGUCGGGUAGCGGCUAUAGUGGUCAGUCUAGUGGCUACCAGAGCUCAAAUAAUGACAUACAUUUAAAAUGCAGUGAAAUCCGUCGAAAUUUGGAUUGUCUAUUGAGAGAUACCGCGCCCUGUAUUACGAACACAACUCAUCAAAGUUAUGGCACUUCCGGUAGUAGUUAUGUUAACAAUAUGAACACUGACCGUAACAGUGCCGGUGACUUUAUAAGACGGGCUAAACAAACGUUAGAAAGAUAUUGUGAACAGGGAGGUGGAGGAUGGAGAACUGCCGCUUGUUUUAUGAGACAAGAGGUCAGAGACUGUGAAAAUCGUUACGGUUUCCAAUCAAAUCCGCCCCCAGUGUCCACUUCUUCGUGUCGUAAUUUCGAAGAUCUUCGAGAUUGUGUCCGACGAUACGUUAGUCAGUCGUGUUCACAGGAUCUGCAAUUAAUGGCCACUUACCUGAUCGAUAAGGGACAGGAUCUUAGUUGGUCGUGCGUUGCCGGACAACAAGACUAUGACAGCAAUCGUAGAUAUGACACAAACAACGAUCACAACCGCUAUGAUCAGGGACGCAAUGGAUAUGACAACAAUCGGGACAGAUAUGGAGGAAGCAGUAGUUAUGGUAAUCAAUAUGAUAGAGAUAGAUACGGAGGAAGCAGUAGUUAUGGCAAUCAGUACGAUAGAGACAGAUAUGGUGGAAGUGCUGGAAGCAAUCAAUAUGAUAGAGAUAGGAUUGAUAGAGAAAGGUAUGACAGGGAUCGGUUAGGCGGCGGCUCAUCCGGAAGUAUUGAUCGGUUCGGUGGCGGUUAUUAUCCAACAACUGAUUCAUGUUUAGAGAGAUCCCAAUAUUUUGUGAGGAGUUGUGAGGACACACUCGUCCAGAGACAGAGAGACGCCAGAGAAGGCAGAAGUAGUACUGAUGUCGGCAGAAGAAUCUGUUGUGCCCUAUUUUUCUAUCGCGAUUGCAUUAGUCGUGUAGUUGUUGACCGAUGUCGGGAUCCGUCGCCCACUGUUGUAGACGUUCUGAUGGGUUCACGAAAAUCAGAUCUCACUGUCCGUUGUCGUGAAUAUUCACGGGACCAGUGCUCGCACUCACAGACAAUCAAAUCAUCUUUCAUUGCAAUUAUUAUUACAACAAUUUUUAUUGCAUUCAAAGCUAUCAAAUCAAAUCAAUUUUAGAUGUAAUUUAUUAUUCAAUUUUAAUCCAUAAAAUCUCAGCACAAAUAUGCCACAAAUUUUUGCCAUUGAAAAAAAUCGAUUCAUUUAUAUAUAUAAAUAUAGAUUUGAUUCAAUUAAAUGUUUGGAUCAAAUAUUUCAAAAGAUCUGCCUUUUAUUAGUGUCUUAUGAAUGAGUAUUUUAAACAACAAUAUAUAUCUCAAUUUCAACACAAUUUUUAGCUAAAUUUUUAAAAAUUACAAAUUGCCAAUCACUUCAUAAAUAUAAUAUAGGAUUAUAUUUAAAGAUAAUUUUUAAGAUGCAAUAUAUCUACAAUGCAAUAUAUCGUAUAUCAUA